AUGUACGAACAUUUGACUACUACAUUGAACCGAUGGCUUAAGCUGGCAGAUGCAGAUAAAAAGCCUAAAUUCAGGGUAGUCAUCUCAGGAAACAAGUCGGAUCCAGAUGAUUGGACCAAGCAGCGUAUCGAUGGCGGAGUGUACAAAGACAACGAGAAACCGACUGAAGACCAUCCGCCCAAGUGGGAAGCACUCGAGCUAGGUAUCGAGGUCAAGCGACAUCACACCUGCGACUUCUUCAGCGACGAAUAUCAGAAAGGCUAUUCUCCCAACUCGAAAGCCAGCGAAGGCGCACUUGGUCAGGCCAUGUCAUACUCCUCGCUUGUUUUCUUUCACCAACACCGCACACACCACUUCUCCAUCCUUAUUUUCGGAACCAAGGCUCGAAUCGUUCGAUGGGACCGUGCUGGCCUGUUAUUCACCAAUGCAUUCGACUGCUUCGACGAUCCCCAGAAGUUGGGCGAAUUCCUCUGGCGAUAUGCUCAGAUGGACUCCGUCGACAGAGGCCACGACCCGACCGUUACGAGGGUGGUGGCCAAUGGGUACGAAGACACUCUGAUGGAUGAAAGGGCCAAGGUUUCGCGAAAGGUCGAGGAGGUUGUUGUUGAUGACGAGAUCAGGAAGCUGUUCGACGAAACCGUAUCGACUCAUGGUCCAAGACACAUACUGCGCGUUCAAGGCAAAAAAUUCCUGGUCGGCAAACCACAUACGUACACCACUGUCCUUGCAGGUCGCGGCACCCGCGGCUAUAUCGCGAUCGACCUCGACGACCCGAAGGGACCUUUUGUUUUCCUCAAAGAUACCUGGCGGGUUGUGGGGGAAGGCUUGGAUGAGGAGGGGAAAGUCCUUGCCGACCUCAACAGUCCCGACGAGCAGGAUCAGAGGGGUCGGAAGUAUAUCCCAACGCUGGUUUGCCACGGCGACCUCGAGGGCCGGUGGCAGAAAACCGACUCUCAAGACUUUUGGCUCACUCGCAAUCCCAAUUCCGACCAGAAGUGUCCCAUGCGAACCCACCAACAUUACCGCCUCGUUGUAAAGGAGGUCGGUCUGCCUAUUAGCAACUUCAGGAACGGACGCGAAAUGGUUACUCUCAUCUCGCACGGUGUUGCCGCGCAUGGCUACGGCUACAAGAAAGGAUACAUGCACCGGGACAUUAGUGCCGGAAAUCUCUUGAUCUUCGUCCGUCAAGACGUUGUAAACGGCCAGUUGAAAGAGGAGCGUCAUGGACUCCUCACGGACUGGGAGCUGGCGAAGAAGCUCACAGACAAGGGGCCACGGCAGCUGGAACGGACAGGUACCUGGCAGUUCCUCGCCGUCGACAUCCUCAACAAUCCCUCCAAGCCAGUCGAGGUGUGGCACGAAAUGGAAUCGUGGUUUCAUCUCACCCUCUGGCUUGCGGUCCAGUAUCUGCCCCACAAUUACGAAGAAGUCGCGGAGUUUAUGUACGAAUAUUUUGAUGCCACUCAAAAGGUACAAGGCGGUUAUACAUGUGGCAUACUCAAGGCGACUACCAUGGAAUCGGGGGUCAUACGCUAUGCUACAAAACCUCUCGAGUUUGGCACCCAGGACGAUCCCUUCUUCCCUCAUGCCAUGAACACUGUCGUUUAUACCCUUGCAGAUAUCUUCUCAUAUCGGUAUAAACAGAUCGUACCUCGCCCUCGAGUCAGAGGACCGCCACCUGGUCUAACCCAGGUGCAGCUCAAGGCACUCGAAAACAUUGACGAUCAAGUCCGCUUCGAAGAGCUGCUCCUCGAAUAUAUAAACGGCCCCGGCUGGCCCGAAAAUGACAAGACUAAGCCUCAGGUUUCCCUGAGCGAACGGGAGCCAUUCCCUUCAAGCUACUGUCGCACUCGCGGCAGUAAGCGGCCACCAUCGGAUGGGACCGCGGACUUGGAUGUGCCACAGCCGAAGCAUCCAGCAGUCGCGGGUCCUUCGGGGAGUCGACCUAAGAGAGGAUAG